GCAUUUUCGGUUGCAAUUACUUUGCGGGCGCGGGCGCGAGCCGGCAUAAGACUAGUACGGCAUGCUCACGACUGUCUCUGUGUUUUACCUCGAGACAUGGAAGUUCGCGGCCAACUUCGUCAAUAAAGGCGCGACGGAAGUGGUGCUCGACGGCUGGAUUAUUUCUGUCAUUCUAAGGCUAAUCUUCUUCUGGCUCGAUAAGCUCCGUAGACGUCUGUGGUGGCUGCCCUGGCUCAACAAGCAUGGCGCGUUCAGCGUUCUUCUUGCUGCGGUUAUUCAUCUGCACGGGCGGCUCAGACGUACUUAG